AGUCUCAUAGACUUUCCUACCUGAGCUGGGCAGGGCCGAGUCCCUCAUGCAGCAGCCGACCCCACCGCAGGGGUGAGGCAGGAGGCCCUGUUCAUGGGCUCCCUGAAGAAGAUGAGCAGCUCCUUCAAGCGGGGUUCACUCAAGAGCUCCACAUCGGGGUCGCAGAAGGGUCAGAAAGCUUGGAUCGAGAGAACCUUUUGCAAACGUGAAUGUAUCUUUAUAAUUCCCAGCACAAAAGACCCUAACAGGUGUUGCUGUGGCCAGUUCACCAACCAGCACAUUCCCCCUCUGCCCAGCGCAACUCCCAGCAAGAAUGGGGAGGAAAACAAACAGGUGGAAGUUCAGCCUGAAAAAUGGUCCGUUGGCAAACACACGCAGAGCUACCCAACGGAUUCCUAUGGGAUUCUUGAAUUCCAGGGUGGUGGAUACGUCAAUAAAGCCAUGUACAUUCGCGUGUCCUAUGACACCAAGCCGGAUUUCCUGCUUCAUCUCAUGGUGAAGGACUGGCAGCUGGAACUCCCCAAGCUCUUAAUAUCUGUGCAUGGAGGGCUGCAGAACUUCGAGAUGCAGCCCAAGCUGAAGCAGGUGUUUGGCAAAGGCCUGAUCAAGGCCGCGAUGACCACGGGGGCCUGGAUCUUCACGGGUGGCGUCAGCACUGGUGUCAUCAGCCACGUGGGAGAUGCCUUGAAAGACCACUCCUCCAAGUCCAGAGGGCGGGUCUGUGCUAUAGGGAUUGCUCCGUGGGGUAUGGUGGAGAACAAGGAAGACCUGAUUGGAAGGGAUGUCACGCGAGUGUACCAGACUAUGUCCAACCCCCUGAGUAAGCUCUCUGUACUCAACAAUUCUCACACGCACUUCAUCCUGGCUGACAACGGCACGCUGGGCAAGUACGGGGCCGAGGUGAAGCUGCGCCGGCAGCUGGAAAAGCACAUCUCUCUGCAGAAGAUCAACACGAGACUGGGCCAGGGAGUGCCGGUUGUGGGCCUCGUGGUGGAAGGGGGCCCGAACGUGGUUUCCGUGGUCUUGGAAUACCUUCGGGAAGAUCCUCCCAUCCCAGUGGUGAUUUGUGAUGGCAGCGGGCGAGCUGCAGACAUUUUGUCCUUCGCACACAAAUACUGUGAAGAAGGAGGGGGCAUAAACGAAUCCCUCAGGGAUCAGCUUCUCGUUACCAUUCAGAAAACAUUUAAUUAUAGCAAGAGCCAGUCUCAUCAGCUGUUUGCAAUCAUCAUGGAGUGCAUGAAGAAGAAAGAACUUGUCACCGUGUUUAGAAUGGGUUCUGAGGGGCAGCAGGAUGUCGAGAUGGCCAUUCUAACCGCCCUCCUGAAAGGAACCAAUGCUUCUGCUCCAGACCAGCUGAGCUUGGCUCUAGCUUGGAACCGAGUGGACAUCGCGCGAAGCCAGAUCUUCGUCUUCGGGCCCCAUUGGCCGCCUCUCGGUAGCCUGGCCCCUCCGGUGGAUAGCAAAGCUACAGAGAGGGAAAAGAAGCCACCUACAGCCACCACCAAGGGGAGAGGAAAAGGAAAAGGCAAGAAGAAAGGGAAAGUGAAGGAGGAAGUAGAGGAAGAAACGGACCCCCGGAAGAUCGAGCUGCUGAACUGGGUGAAUGCUUUGGAGCAAGCCAUGCUGGAUGCUCUAGUCUUAGAUCGAGUUGACUUUGUGAAGCUCCUGAUUGAAAAUGGAGUGAACAUGCAGCAUUUCCUUACCAUUCCCAGGCUGGAGGAGCUGUAUAACACAAGGCUGGGCCCACCAAACACACUUCAUCUGCUGGUGAGGGAUGUAAAAAAGAGCAACCUUCCCCCGGAUUAUCACAUCAGCCUCAUUGACAUCGGGCUGGUGCUGGAAUACCUCAUGGGCGGAGCCUACCGCUGCAACUACACCCGGAAGAGUUUUCGGACUCUUUACAACAACUUGUUUGGGCCUAAGAGGCCUAAAGCUCUGAAACUUCUGGGAAUGGAGGAUGAUGAACCUCCCACCAAAGGGAAGAAGAAGAAAAAGAAGAAAAAGGAGGAAGAGAUCGACAUUGAUGUGGACGACCCGGCUGUGAGUCGAUUCCAGUACCCGUUCCACGAGCUGAUGGUGUGGGCCGUACUGAUGAAGCGCCAGAAGAUGGCCAUCUUCCUCUGGCAGAGAGGGGAGGAGAGCAUGGCCAAGGCCUUGGUGGCCUGUAAGCUCUACAAGGCCAUGGCCCACGAGUCCUCGGAGAGCGAGCUGGUGGAUGACAUCUCCCAAGACCUGGACAACAAUUCCAAAGACUUUGGCCAGCUUGCGGUGGAGUUGUUAGACCAGUCCUAUAAGCACGAUGAGCAGAUUGCCAUGAAACUUCUAACCUACGAGCUAAAAAACUGGAGCAACUCAACCUGCCUCAAGCUGGCUGUGGCAGCAAAACAUCGAGACUUCAUUGCUCAUACCUGCAGUCAGAUGUUACUGACUGACAUGUGGAUGGGAAGGCUUCGGAUGAGGAAGAACCCAGGCCUUAAGGUUAUCAUGGGGAUUCUCAUACCCCCCACAAUCUUGUUUUUGGAGUUCCGAACAUACGAUGAUCUCUCAUAUCAAACAUCCAAGGAAAACGAAGAUGGCAAAGAAAAAGAAGAAGAGAAUGUGGAUGCAAAUGCAGAUGCUGGUUCCAGAAAGGGGGAUGAGGAGAAUGAGCACAAAAAGCAGAAAAGCAUUCCCAUUGGAACAAAAAUCUGUGAAUUCUACAAUGCUCCCAUUGUCAAGUUCUGGUUUUACACAAUAUCGUACCUGGCCUACCUACUGCUGUUUAACUAUGUCAUCCUGGUGCGCAUGGACGGCUGGCCCUCCUUCCAGGAGUGGAUCGUGAUCUCCUACAUCGUGAGCCUGGCACUAGAGAAAAUACGUGAGAUCCUCAUGUCAGAACCCGGCAAACUCAGUCAGAAAAUCAAAGUAUGGCUUCAGGAAUACUGGAACAUCACAGACCUUGUGGCCAUUUCCAUGUUCAUGGUUGGAGCCAUUCUUCGCCUACAGAACCAGCCAUAUAUGGGCUAUGGCCGGGUCAUCUACUGUGUGGACAUCAUCCUUUGGUAUAUCCGCGUCUUGGACAUUUUUGGUGUCAACAAGUAUCUUGGCCCUUAUGUGAUGAUGAUUGGGAAGAUGAUGAUUGACAUGCUAUACUUCGUGGUCAUCAUGCUGGUUGUGCUGAUGAGUUUUGGUGUAGCCCGUCAGGCCAUUUUGCACCCUGAGGAGAAGCCUUCUUGGAAACUGGCCCGCAACAUCUUCUACAUGCCUUACUGGAUGAUCUACGGCGAGGUGUUUGCAGACCAGAUUGACCUGUACGCCAUGGAAAUCAAUCCUCCUUGCGGUGAAAACCUCUAUGAUGAAGAGGGCAAGCGGCUGCCUCCCUGCAUCCCGGGUGCUUGGCUUACUCCGGUCCUCAUGGCCUGCUACCUGCUAGUGGCAAACAUCCUGCUUGUCAACCUGCUGAUUGCUGUUUUCAACAAUACCUUCUUUGAAGUCAAGUCAAUAUCCAAUCAGGUGUGGAAGUUCCAACGAUAUCAGCUGAUCAUGACAUUUCACGACAGGCCUGUCCUACCCCCACCGAUGAUCAUUCUGAGCCACAUCUACAUCAUCAUUAUGCGUCUCAGCGGCCGCUGCAGGAAGAAAAGAGAAGGCGACCAGGAGGAACGGGAUCGUGGAUUGAAGCUGUUCCUCAGUGAUGAGGAGCUGAAGAGACUGCAUGAGUUCGAGGAGCAAUGCGUGCAGGAGCACUUCCGGGAGAAGGAGGAUGAGCAGCAGUCAUCCAGCGAUGAGCGCAUCCGGGUCACCAGUGAGAGAGUUGAAAAUAUGUCAAUGAGAUUGGAAGAAAUCAAUGAAAGAGAAAAUUUUAUGAAAACGACCCUACAGACUGUCGACCUUCGACUUUCUCAACUUGAAGAACUCUCCAGCAGGAUGGUGAAUGCUCUGGAAAAUCUUGCGGGCAUUGACAGGUCUGAUCUGAUCCAGUCAAGGUCCCGAGCUUCCUCCGAAUGUGAGGCCACUUACCUUCUCCGCCAAAGUAGCAUCAAUAGCUCCGAUGGCUACAGCCUAUACCGCUACCAUUUCAAUGGGGAAGAACUGCUGUUUGAAGACACCUCUGUCUCCGUGCCUCCAGGAACAGGCCUCCGGAAGAAAACUUGUUCCUUCCGGGUGAAGGAGGACAAGGACCCUAAAGUCCAUCUAGCUCCAGAAAGGCAGACUAGCCUGCACUUUGCAUCAGGCCCCAGUCCCCCAGCAACCCCAGUUCACAGUCAACGUAAAGUAGAUGGCACCACAGUCACUUCAGAGCCCAAAUUAGGACCAGACAUCGGCAUUUCAACCCUAGAUGAUGAAGGGCAGGCCGACGCUAAAGUAGAGGAAAUGAUGUCCUCUGGUUUAAAUGCAACAGAUGUGAUGUCUGGACAGAAAUCAGAUUUUCCGAAUACUCAGCUCACAGUGGAAACGACCAAGAUAGAAGGCACUAUUUCCUAUCCAUCGGAAGAAAGCAAAAUCGCACGCUAUUACCCAGAUGACACACUCAACGCUUACAAAACAAUGAAAUCCAGAAGCUUUGUGUAUUCCGAGGGAAGAAGACUGGUUGGUGGGUUUCACAACUGGGGUGCUGAGUACAGUUCAAUCAUGGAUCAAGCCUGUCCCUCGUCCGUCCAGCAAUGGACAACAGAAUGGAAAUAUGAAGUUCAGAAGAUCACACGUUCCCGUAGCACCGAUAUCCCUUGUAGGGUGUCUGAGGCUGCAGUUCAAGCUGAGCAAAGAGAGCAAUCCACAGACACGGAAGAUGACAAUUGCUUUUCUCAAAGAGUCCCUCAGAUCUCUCCGGUAGCCCUCCCUGCUACAGACAGAACUGGAAAGGAGAACUUACUGUCCGUGAAGCCACCACAAACUUUGGGAUUCCCAUCGCCAAGGUCAAGAAGUUUCCAUGGCCAUCCCAGGGCUGUCAAGUGCAUUCAGGGGAAACUAGAUAGAUCUGGACAUGCCAGCAGUGUGAGUAACUUAGUAGUUGUGUCUUCAGUUACCAUGGAAGAAAGAAACAUAAAGCAGGAGAAAACUUCCACUGAAACUGACUGCUAA